UUUUGAAAUAAACUGUAUUUUGUUUACAAAAAUAUAAUUUUAUACAUGUUAUCUGUUUACAAUCAUUAAAAAUAUAUAAAUAUAUAAUUUCAAACUACUAGUUAUACACCACGUGGAAAAACUGACAUAGAUUAUUUAUAAUAUUUUGACAUUAAUAUUUAAAAUAUGGAUUCCCCUUAAUUUUAAUUAAUUCUUUAAUAUAGAUUAAAUUGAUUCCAUGGAGUCGUCACCUAAUUAUGAUUCCGGCCCUCCGAUGGUUGACAACUUUUGUCUUCUUUAUUACGAUUUAAAGGAUUUUCCUCCUAAUUAUCAAGGCAAGGGCCCGUCUGUGCUGUCUCAAGAGGAAUUAUAUAGGAAGGAUUUGUAUAACACUUUAACCAAAAUCUCAAAACUCAGGGACGAGAUUGUUAAUAAGAACCAGGCAAGGUACUUGACUGAGGAGAAGUUGAAAAUUCAACUUAACGACUCUAGGAACCAAACUAAACAUUUCGGUGUUAUUGGUAGUAACCAAUCUGCGCUUUUGCAGGCUAUUGACUCCAAUUACAAGAGGUUAAAACUAUUAUAUGAGAAGAUUUAUAAUUUACAAAUUGAUCUACAGAAGGUUUACAUUUCUCUAUGCGAGAAGUUGGAACGCCGUUCAUACCACUUAAUUGAAGUUCACAAAAUUUCUAGACUUUGCUCUUCUAAACUAUACGAGUACAAGAAGAGCGCAUAAUAUUAUUUCAAUUUUAAUACUUGUCUAUAUAGAAGCUCAAGCUUCGCCUGAGAUGAAAUCACCCAGUGUGUGUAGAACCUGAAAAGUGGAGAGAGAAUCAAUAGAGCCAAUUUGGCCACAGCACAAUCUAAAUAAUAUGGUACAUGUUCA